AUGGCAGACGACUCUACUGUCGAGGACGCGAAGCAGACGCUGAUCCAGCGCUUCCGCGCUUGGGGUGAAAACUCAUUCCCGCCCACACUGCUCGCCUCCCUCAUCGCCGCUCAGCACAUGAAGCCCUUCCAAUUCUUCCCGAUGCUCUUCCCUCCCGCCUUGCUCUUCACCAGCUAUGCGAACCUGCAGGGCUUCAAGACCGACACUGCCGGCCUUAGCGCGGCGUGGUCCGGAUUGUAUCUGCUUCUUGCAGCUCGCCGUCGCCAACCGUUCAUGAAGAAGUUCGGUGUUCGGGGUGUUGUGCGUGGCGCGACGAUGAGUCUGGCUUUGGUCAACAUGAUUGGUGGUGGACUGGCCUAUACCCUCGGAAAGAGGGAAGAGGAGGAUGAGUGA